UUUUCAUUCGGCUGCAUGAUAACAGGUUCGGCCAGUAUCUAACUGGACGUCGUAGUCGAAGGAGACCCGCCACAGCAAUAAUGAAGUUCGUUAGGUUUAUAAUGAAAAACGCUGCCUUGGCCAGCGUGCCCAAACAUAUCGAGCAUUUCUCUAAAUUCUCCCCCUCGCCCCUCUCCAUGAAGCAAUUCCUCGACUUCGGUUCCAUCAACGCCUGUGAGAAGACAUCCUUUGUGUUUCUGAGACAGGAACUCCCUGUCAGACUUUCAAACAUUAUGAAGGAAAUCAACCUCCUGCCUGACAGACUGCUCACAACCCCGUCUGUGCGAAUGGUGCAGAGCUGGUACAUCCAGAGUUUAAUGGAGAUCCUUGAAUUCCUUGACAAGAAUCCUGAUGACCAUAAAGUCCUGGGAGAGUUUGUUGACGCCUUAGUUACUAUCAGAAACAGGCACAACGAUGUAGUGCCAACCAUGGCCCAGGGCAUCAUAGAAUACAAAGAGGCCUUCCCCCAUGACCCAGUAACCAACCAGAACAUCCAGUACUUUCUGGACCGCUUCUACAUGAGCCGCAUCUCAAUCCGCAUGCUCAUCAACCAGCACACUCUUAUUUUUGAUGGCACGACCAACCCUGUGCACCCAAACACCAUCGGCAGCAUUGACCCUCACUGUCAAGUCGGAGAUGUAGUCCAGGAUGCCUUCUACAGUGCUAAGAUGCUGUGUGACCAGUACUAUCUCCGCUCCCCUGAUCUGAUACUUCAGGAGAUGAACAAUAAGAAGAAGAACCACUCAAUAAGCAUUGUAUACGUGCCUUCUCACCUUUAUCACAUGCUGUUUGAGCUCUUUAAGAAUGCUAUGAGGGCCACUAUUGAGACCCAUGAGUGCAGCAACAACCUCCCACCCAUUAAAGUCUGGGUGUCUCUGGGAGGCGAGGACAUGUCAAUCAAGGUGAGCGACACAGGUGGUGGUGUCCCGUUUCGUAGGAUCGAGAACCUUUUCAGCUACAUGUACUCCACUGCUCCUGCUCCACAGAUAGGAGAGCACACACGGCCUCCACUGGCUGGCUUCGGCUAUGGUCUGCCCAUCUCUCGUCUCUACGCCAAGUACUUCCAGGGGGACCUGCAGCUCUACUCCAUGGAGGGCCACGGCACAGAUGCUGUCAUAUACUUGAAGGCGCUGUCCACAGACUCCAUCGAGAGGCUGCCGGUGUACAACAAAACUGCCCUGAAGAACUACAAAGUGAGCCAAGAGGCCGACGACUGGUGUAUACCCAGUAAAGAGCCCCUGGAUCUGAGCAACUAUAAGGUGGCCAAGUAAAAAAAAAAGUCCUCCAGCUCUGGUGCUUCAAGCCUACGCACCGCAAAGCCUCCAGAAUAUCUGUCUUCAUACUCCCAUGUCAUCAUCUUCCAAGGCAGAUGGGUACAGUCUGGAUUUAGCAGUAGCAUGUUCAUGCUGUUUUCAGUCCCUGUUGUCCUUCUGGGUCAUUCAUGAGAAAGUAGACAAAUAGAAAACAGCUACUAACAGAGAAUACUUGUUACAAUCAUCUCUAAAGGGGGGGGGGCUUGGUGGGGUGUAAACAACAACCAAGACAGCGUGUCACCCAAGCCUUACAGUAGCAACUUCACCCAAAGGCUUGUGUCAUUGAAAGUACUUGAACUAUUUAAACUAAUACUCCUGUUGCACCUUGUUAAAUUUAAAGUACUGUAAUACUGUGGAGUCUGUAGAUUUGAACAAAUGUAUGCCUUUGAGGUUGAGUGGGUUUUUGUGCUUUCUGCGUGGCUAUUUGCUCCGGCAUUUGACAUUUCACUCUUUUAGAAAAAAAAAAAGAGUCUGAUAAGAUACAGUGUUAUCUUAACAUCCAUUUCUUUUGGACCAGGCUGAAUGUAAUCCACUCUUCUGUGCAUUAAGUCUCAUUUAUAACAGAGAUAAAGAGUAUUAUGUUAUAUUAUGAUAGAAACUGCAGCACCAGGAGUAGAGGUCUUCACAGGUCCAAACAUUUUCACCCAAACCCAAAAAUACCCGAACAUGUAGUACCUGGAGCUGAACCAGACCAGUCGGGUUGGGACCUGAACAGAGAAAUGCCAAACCUGAACCUAAACCGGACUCAGUUAGUAUUUUCGUCAUUUCAGUGUAAAAGUCCACUUGUCGUCAUGGUGACGGACGACAAAUGCGACUUGUGUAGAAUAGGGGCAGCUUUGAGCUUGGGUAUCGGACUUUACCCCCUCUCUGCACAUGACGUCACUCAACUCGUUGGGGAGAAAUAUAUGUUUAUAAUUAAUGGAGCAUCUUUACUUUCUCAUCCUAACGUUAUUACAACGUUGAAAGUUACAAUACACACACACACACACACACACACAGCACUUGAAUCCUGAUCAGCACUGUAUGAUCACACCCGGUUCUUCUCAGAUCCACUCGGGUAUUACACAUAAUGUUAAACACAACAGGAGCCGACCUGGAACCCUUUUCAGUAAACGUGGAUCUGAAUCCGUGCAGGUUGCGGGUGUUAGGGUUCGGAUGGAUCCAUAAAGACCUCUAGUCUGGAGCUUUAAUGGUUUUAGCAGAUUUCAAUGGAGGCCGAUGUUAUUAAACCCCUGAAGCAGUUCAUUGUCAUGUUUGAGUUCUGUACCGGCUGUGAGCCAAUAAGGCGAGGUCAGUCUGGGAUCGUUAAUUACGCUGUGCCAUAUAAGGACAAAAAUGCCCUGGGUCCAUACGUGUUGAAAAUGAACCGUUUUCUUUUGUAUUAUAUUUAUCCUAAUCAUACAGUAUGUUAAAGGUUGAUUUUUAUAGCAACACUUUUGUGACUGAAAUGAUUGUAAAUACUGUAAAUAUAAUCCAAAUAAUAAAAAAAAAAGAACAAAUUUAA